AUGGCUAUGAUUCCUGCUCGCGAGUUGUUCGUCAUGUCACCAAACGUUCUCAGAAACCUCGUCCUAAAAUCGAUCGAUCCAAAACUGGUUCCAUUAGAAUGGGAAUGCGUCGAGAAGGAUCCCAUCAAGAACCUUCAAAAUCUUCUCAAUAUCUCCAGCCCAUUAAUGGACCGAUUUCAAACUGCCGAGCAGUUUUUUGCAUUUAUAGCCUCUGUAGUUGGUUUCCCUGGAAGUCACACCUUCUUCGGUAUUCCAAAAACUGAAGUCUACUGUCAAAGAAGUGCAAUCUACUCGAGUCUAUCAAAGAGAGAGUAUGUCUACAAAACCGAUUUCUACUAUUUGCUCCAAGGCUGCAUUCAAGCGUGUCCAAUGCGAAGACUGGAAUCAGAACUUGCCGUUUCUCUCAUCGCUUACUUCCUGAAAUUCAAAGAAUCAAAAGUGAAGAUUUUCGAAAUGGCUCAGUUGGUUCCUGGAAUGUAUUGCAAUCUUCAACAUGCCGUGGCAGCCUUCAACAAAUCAUUCCCAACUGCAACAUUGGUUAAAGAUGAUAGGUUUCAAGGAAUGUCGAUUGAAGGUGCUGCUGAUGUAUUUUCAACUGUUUUGGGAACAAACGGGGAGGAUGGAGGCGAUAUUCUGAAUUUGCUGAAGACGUUCGACACGAAGAUUCCAAUCAAGCGCAAGCCACGUGCCUACAUGCCAGUUCUGGUCUGGGUCAUGUGGAUUACCGACACUUUCAGGAAGUUCAUCGAGAGCAACUCUAAAAUGAUGACGUCGAAAUCAGAUCCUGUAGAGAAAACGAACGACUCCAAAGUCAUUGUCAGGCUGUUCCAUUCUGAGAAACAUAAAUUUGUUUUUGCACAUGAGCUGCUACACGAAAUCAAGAUGGAAGGAUUCGAAGUGUCGGAAUUCGAAGAUGAGCUCCAAAAAGAGUCAACCGAUGUUGCUAUCUCGCUCCGUGAAAUUUUCGAAAUUGUUCCAAAAGAAAUACUGAAGCAUAUUGAAUUCGUCAAUCUUGAUCUAUUCUACAUCUCCACACCUAUUCCAUUGUUCAAUGGAAAAUACUGGGCAUGCCCUCCAAGUGGUCAACAACAAGUAUAUGUCAAGGAAGAGCAAAUCAAUAAGGAUAUCCAGGAAGACGAGACUAAUGAGCAACCAGAAAUUGAGAAUCAAGAUGAGAAUGUUUCAAAACCAACCAAAUUGGACAACCCAAAGAGAGUAAAAAUUAGCAAGAAGAAGAAGAAGAAGAAGGUCGCCAUGAUUUCUCAAACUCCAAAACCAACGUCAAAUGAAUCAGAAGCGUGUCCAAAAUGCUACCGUGCCAGUUUGUAUACCCGAAAAGCCAAUGAGAAGCUGAAAUUGGAUAAAAUUGAAACUAAAGCACUGAAGAAGAAGGUGACGCAGAUGGAGAAGGCAGAAGAGCAGAAGAAUCAAGAAGUUUUGGAAAAAGAUGCUCGAAUUCGUGCGCUGGAAAAGAUAGUGGAGUCACAGAAGAAAGAAUUGGCUGCGAAGGAAGAAGAAAGUCGAAUUAAAAUUCAAAACCUCGAAAAGCAACUGGAGGAGAAGGAUGAGAUUAUCGAGACCCUGGAAUCAAAGCAGUCUAAAGCCAAUGACAAAAACGAGUUAGUUCGAGAUGUCCUCUUCAAUCUUCUGGAAGUCCGAGCUACUAUCAAUGCUGAAAAUCCAAUUUCAAAAGUCACCGAACUCGUCAACCAACUGAUGAUGAAGACAGAAUGCGAAGAAGUGAAAAAUAAUGCACAGAUUGAGCUUGCCGAAUACCAACACGAGUGUAAUACAUUCAUCACAACAGUUGACACCAAUCUAGAAUUGGUCCGUGAAAAUCAUAAUAUCGAUCUUGUUCAUCUUCCGAAGCUACCAUUGUUUCCAGUCCUAUCGGAAGGUUUCCGAAAAGAUUACAAGAAUGCAAUGAAGUCAGACGUCCCAAACAUCUGCCAAUCUUUGUUGACUUCUCCCGAAACUUCCACAGAAACCGAUCCAAACGAACUGAUGGACACGGAGUGCUUGAUUUGUUUGGACGAUAUGGAAUCAGAAGAAAACACCAUGAAAUGCGACUGCUGUAAACGACGCUACCACGACGGAUGCAUCAAAAAUUGGUUUGAAACAAAGCGCAGCUAUCUAUUCAGUUUAUCAUUCAGUUCGGUCCAAGGGUUCGAUAGUACAACUAAUCUCAGUACUCUUCAAACUAUCGUAUUUUACGUAUCGUGGUCGAAUAAUAUUCUAAUGAAUGCUCGUACUGUUCUAUCAAUCAUCAUAACAAUCGGUCGAAUCGUUGCAGCUAUCUUCCUCACAAUUUUAGAUGCUUUCAUUUAUAGUUUCAAUGUUACACCAGCUGUUUUGAUAGCUAACUACCUCACUCUAUUAGAUGCCUUCAUUUAUAUUGUUUUCAAUGUUAUGCCAUCUGUUAUGGAAGCGUUUAUAAGUUGA